AUGUACGAAGGCAGCAAGGCAAAUGUAAAGUGCAUGGUAGGAACUACAGAAAGUUUCCAGGUUAAAGUUGGACUCCAUCAGGGAUCUGCACUAAGGCCAUUCCUCUUCGCCAUCGUCAUAGACUGUCUCACCGAAGCAGUUCAGAAGAUUGCCCCAUGGGACCUGAUGUUCGCAGAUGACGUUGCACUGAACGGGGAGACAAAUGAGGAUGUGGAAGAGAGGCUGGAGCAGUGGAGAAGAGCAUUGGAAGAUAGAGGGAUGAAGGUGAGCAGGCAUAAAACAAAAUACCUUUGUAUGGGGGAUCAAGAUCCAGAGAGAGCAGUAAAAAUGCAGGGUUUGAAGCUGAACAGAGUCCAAGAGUUUAAGUACCUUGGUUCCACAGUGCAAAGCGACGGGGCAUCAGACAAGGAGGUUGGUAAGAGGAUACAGGCGGGAUGGAAUGCUUGGAGAAAGAUCACUGGGCUGCUAUGCGACAGACGGGUCCCAGCAAAGCUGAAGGGCCGGAUAUUCAAGACAAUGGUACGACCGGCGAUGCUGUAUGGGAUGGAGGCAGUCGCGGUAACGGAGGGACAAGAGAAGAAGAUGGAAGUAGCUGAGAUGAGGAUGCUACAAUUCUCACUGGGGAAGACCAGGCUAGACCGGGUACGAAACAGCACCAUCAGAGAGACAAUGGGGGUAGGCAAAUUAGAGAAGAAGCUGAGGGAGUGCAGGCUAGGACAUGUGUCGUGCAGCACACCUAUUAACAAACCCCAUUUUACUGUGUCUUUAGAAUUGUCCAUAAUCUCUUAG